ACUCGUUCCCAUCGCCGCCUGACGUUCACUUCUCAGCUAUCCAUUUAUUAAUGCUCUUUGAGUCUAGUUGCUUCACGUAAUUUAAUUCAGAGGCAUAUUCUCUGGAUCCUUUGCCUCUGCUCAAAAUUGCUCAAAAUCUUCGUUGCCGCCAUUAACAAAAAUUGAAGCUUUUGUGCUGGAGGAAGGGUUUUUCUGACGAGAAUCGCUCCAGAAGAAUAAUGAAUUCUGCGCAGGAAAAGGCAGCAAGAAAGGAAUUGCAGGGUCCUCGGCCGGCGCCUCUGAAGGUUUCCAGAGAAUCGCAUCAGGUGCGGAAGCCGCCGCUGCCGAUUCAGUACAGACCGCCGGUUAUUAUUUACGCGCACUCUCCGAAAAUAAUACACACACAAGCCGGAGAAUUCAUGACGCUCGUCCAGCGGCUCACAGGUCGCUCCGCCAGCAACCCUGAUUUAAAUUCUCAUCCUCCGCCGCUGCCGCCGCCUGAUUUAAAUAUCCAACCGCCUCCAAUGGCGGCGGCGGAGGCUUCCGCAAGCCAGGUCUUUGAGGCCUCUUAUAACCCUCAAGCUGACAAUUUUAGGGUUUCCAGUAGUAAUCCUCCGCCAUUUUCUGUGCCAGUGAAAGAAUCGGAGAAAUUUACCCGUAACAUUUCACCGACGUCUCCAAAUAUUCCCGGCGGUUUGUUCUCUCCUUUGUCGCCAAAUUUCUUCAUUCCUUCUCCUCGCUUCUUGUCUCCCAGUCUUUUCCAAGGUUCGCCUUUGUUUACACCACAGAUUCAGUCAGAUUUCUCUGACCAUUUCUUCUCGCCUAGGCAUGUUUUCCAGAAGCAAUCGGAACUUUUAUUUACCCCUUCUUCCAUUAGACCUUCCAUGAACAUGAACGCUUUUUGGUCUCCGUCUCCUACGGGUUAUGAUCUCUUUAAUCAUCGGCCAUAAGGGUUACUGGCUUACUUUGUUGCAUCAGCUUCCGUGUUUAGAUACAGGAGUGCAGCUUGAAAUUUGUCUUAGGGUUUUGAUUUGAUUGUCUGAAUAUGUAUCAGCAACUCUGUAAAUGUUGGCAAAUAUUGGCAAAUCAUUGCCAGGUGAGUUAAUUACUUGCUCUCUCUGUACAUUCUUAUCGUAUGUCUUUUGUCGGUGAUCUGACUUUAGCCACCAUGUUUGCUUUGCUUCUUUGUUCCUGAUAUUGAGUUUAUUUAUUCAAAUCUUAUUCAAUCA